CCGGCAGAGGGCGGUCCUAAUGGAGAGCAGCUGGGAGCGUUUUAUCACGUGACGCGAGAGAUGGUACAGAGCAGCCAUCAUCACUCCACCUAGCUCAUGUGCAGCCUGAAUUGGUCAAAGGUAAGACUACAAGGGGACGGGACGCUACGAUGGAGUAACUCGGGGAAACACUGAAGCCUGUCCCGUCUCAUCCUCUGUUGUUUCCCCAGUUUAACAAGGUAGGCUUUGAACAACACCUGGUGUGACCUUCACUGUCUGCAGCUAGUGACGAGAGGAAGCACAAACCUGCUGCUUGGGUUGCAUGAGCACAGUGGAUGAGAGGGUCUGAGGCUGAUUACUCCCCCCGUUAAGUCUUCAAGGAGGGGGAGGGGGAGGAGGAGGAGGAGGAAGAGGGAGCUGCCAUAACCAUCCGGAGCAUGGGUCAAAAAGUCCCAGGUGGCAUUAAAACCAUUGAUAUGCGGGAUCCAGCGUUCAGCCCCCUGAAGCUGGAGCUACAGGCCCUGAGUCACACCAAGCCGUCUCGACUGGAUCUGCUGCUGGACAUGCCACCCGCCGGCGUAGACGUUCAGGUCCAGCACUCGUGGAACAACGACGACCGCUCCCUGAACAUCUUCGUCAAGGACGACAACAAGCUGGUGUUUCACAGGCACCCUGUGGCGCAGAGCACGGACGCCAUCAGGGGGCGCGUUGGCUAUACAAGGGGACUGCAUGUGUGGGAGAUCAGCUGGGCCAUGCGUCAGAGGGGCACGCACGCUGUGGUGGGAGUGGCUACGAGUGACGCCCCGCUACACUCGGUGGGCUACACAGCUUUGGUAGGGAGCAACGCCGAGUCCUGGGGCUGGGACCUGUGCAGGAGUAAACUCUACCACGACGGCAAGAACCACCCAGGAAAAACCUACCCGGCCUUUCUCGAGCCAGACGACACCUUCAUAAUACCAGACUCCCUUUUAGUAGUGUUGGACAUGGAUGAGGGGACUCUGGGUUACAUAGUGGAUGGACAUUAUCUAGGGGUGGCAUUCAGAGGACUCAAGGGCAGGAAGCUGUACCCUGUGGUGAGCGCUGUGUGGGGACACUGUGAAAUAAGAAUCCGGUACAUAAAUGGACUUGAUCCUGAACCCCUUUCUCUGAUGGACCUGUGUAGGCGUUCAGUGAGGGUGGCAUUAGGAAGAGACCGUCUGGGUGAAAUCCAUAGACUGCCCUUGCCGGCCUCUCUCAAGAACUACCUGCUUUACCAAUGACGGCGCCGACGGUAACAACAGACUCGGCGCACCCUCGUCUCCUUCUCAUGCUUCUCUGGGAUUCCUCUUGGGUUGAACCCGUUUGACAACAUUGCUCAAGCCUCCUGGACUGACUCAGCCUUUAACAAGUAUGCUUCUGUGUCAGUGGGUGGACACCUUUUGAGUUUCUUAUCCUGUUUUUAAUAACUCUUUGCAAAUGUACUCUCAAACUUUAUAAAAUCAGGAAUCACUGAGCACUAUGCACAUGCUGAUCCAGACGAUGCCCUGACGGUCACCAUGUUGGUGUACCUCCUCCAGUUUGAAGGCUAAUGUGGCAUUUGUGGUCGGCAUCUCUGCUGUGACUUCAUAAUUAUGAAUUUUGUAUCUCGUAGACUUUUAAACUGAUGUGUUAUUGGUUGUGCUAAAACACAAUUGUGUGACGGAAAUUAGACUUUCAGAUUGGUGCACAAUGCACUUCCCGCAUCUGACCACUAGGUGGCAGCACACACCUCUAUACAUCCUCUCAAAUUGAUUAUUAUAACAUGAAAUCCUAGUUGUUUUUAGAAAUCAUGGUUUUUAAAUAGAUACUUAAUAAAAUUGAGGUUCACACAACACAUGAAGGAGAUGCUGACCAUUCCAUGGUGAGUCUGUAGUGCAGUGUGGAUCAAUGCACUGUGAGGCAGCUGUAGAGCAGCUCCGACCUCUCACUGUACUCAGGUUUCUGUGCGAUUAUGGAAGUGUGCCCCAUUGCUUACCAUCAAGGCAUCCGACAGGAACAUCCACAGCAAAAUAAUUAACGUAAGGUUAAUGUCACUGUGAUUAUUUGUAGCAUGCAUCUGCAGGAAAUCUUUUUCAAUACAAUCACAACAUAUUUUCUAAAAAAAAAAAAAUCUUCUGUCACUCCUGCUUUUGUAGUGCAGUAGUUUUCCUCCACAUGCGGUCGGGGCCCAAGAGUGCUGUUUUUUUUCAUUUGUGUUUUUUUAUUUAACCAGUCUCGCCAUCAGCUGAUCUCACUGGUUUGCACAUAUUCAGCCAGAGAACAGAAACUAACCAAUGAAAUAUCCACUGAAGUGGUUCUUUGUAAUGAAAACCUGCUACUCUUGGGUCCCACUGGCACAAAGCUGAGAACUAUUGAUGUAAUGUUUGUGUUAUAUGACAUGUAAAGGGGAAACACUAUGUAGGUAGAUGGCGUUGUGCCUGAAUCCACAAGCUUCAGAUUGAAGGCACCAUAACAACAGAAAAAGACAAUCUACAAAGUCCUCCACAAAUGUAAUAAAAGAUCAGUUUGCCAAUAUUUUGUCAAAUGCCAUAUCAUAGACCUGUUUACUAGUAUUUUUAAAUGUGCAGACGUUGUCCUUGUUCAGCACUCAGCUGGAUGUGAACACACUGUGCCUCACUCUGUUUUCCUUGAUUGCAGCUUCCAUUUUAUUUGUAUUCCUUGCUGUAGAUUUGUUUGUAUGUAUCUAUUAAA